UCCAGCAACCCGCGCCCUCCUUCCUUCCUCGCCCGGACGGACGCACUUCCGGCGGAUGUGGGGGGGCCGGAAACGGAAGUGAGCGGCAGGACCGACUGACGGUAACGGGGCUGAGCGGUGUUCCCUGAGCGGUGUGAACAUGAAUGCCAGAGGACUUGGAUCUCAACUAAAAGACAGUAUUCCAGUUUCAGAACUUUCAGCAAGUGGGCCUUUUGAAAGUCAUGAUCUUCUUCGGAAAGGUUUUUCUUGUGUGAAAAAUGAACUUUUGCCCAGUCAUCCUCUUGAAUUAUCAGAAAAAAAUUUCCAGCUCAACCAAGAUAAAAUGAAUUUUUCUACACUGAGAAACAUCCAAGGUCUAUUUGCUCCUCUAAAAUUGCAAAUGGAAUUUAAGGCAGUGCAGCAGGUUCAGCGUCUUCCAUUUCUUUCAAGCUCAAAUCUUUCCCUGGAUAUUUUAAGGGGUAAUGAUGAGACUAUUGGAUUUGAAGAUAUUCUUAAUGAUCCAUCUCAAAGUGAACUAAUGGGCGAACCACAUUUGAUGGUGGAAUAUAAACUCGGUUUACUGUAAGAUAGUGUGCUGUUCAUGAAUCAGAUGGGCUGCAUCUUGUUAUAGUUGUCUUUUGUUAUAAUUCGAUGUAUACAACAUUAAAAGUACUGACACAUGA